CAGGCGUUUGUUUGGUCACUGACGCCACGCUCGGUGGUGGUGGUGAGAGCAUAUGCGGAAGGACCGACGUGCCUUUGGGUUCUUUUUGGCAUUCCUUUAACCCUCUCCCCACUUUUCUUCGGUUGCUUUUGCUCUCUCCCCCCUCCUCUCGCCGUGUCACACCACCACUUCCCUUCCGCUCCACCACCAUCAACGACAGCUCUAGAGAGAGAGAGAGAGAGAGAGACAGGCACAGCACCCUCUUUUCUUGCCCACUAGCGCACGCUUCUAGGGGGAGAGGAGAACUCUGAGGGAUCUCUCUCUCUCUCUCUCUCUGUCCCAACCCGUUUUCUUCACUUUCCUCUUCACGGGCUGAGCCAACGCAGAUUUGAAUGAGCACAGCCACUUCCCCAACAAAAAGAAGAGGGAGGGUCCUCUUUGUCUUUUGGGUUUUCCCUCUAGCGCAGCCCGUGGGAAGAGCGUCUUUGGGUGGGCGCCUGAUGUUGGGUGUCCCCAUGGAAUCGAAGUUUUGAACUGGGAGUUUGGCUUCGAAGGGCGUCUGUUUCUCCUCGAAUCUUGGUGGGGAGAGCAUAUGGGGGAUGCUGAAACAUAGCGGUGUCUCGGGUUUGAGUAGCGUGGGUUUCGCUUUCAUCUUGCGGAAGUAGAUGAAUCCAGUGUCUUCGGGUGUGAAACGAGAUCCGUGAUAUGUUAUGUCAGGAGUUAAAGGCUUUACGCUGUAUCUUGAGAGUGCCCAUGUGAACAUGUACUUGAAUCAGCACCAAGUCAAGCAAAAAGAUGGGUUUUUUUCAACUCACCCACCUCCCUUUUCACCUUCGUCUCCCUAUAUCGGUGCUUUCCACAGAGAUGCAAGCUCUUCAUCGUCAUCACCGUCGUCGUCGUCGUCAGUGCCACCAUCACCACCAACAUCUUCUGGUGCUAGGAUUAGUCCUGCAGUUCUUUUCAUAAUCAUAAUUUUGGCUGUGUUGUUCUUCAUUUCUGGCCUCCUCCACCUGCUUGUGAGAUUUCUUAUAAAGCACCCAUCUUCGUCAGCGUCCUCUCAAUCCAAUAGAUAUCCGGAGAUUUCGGGCUCCGAUGCUCUGCAGAGACAGUUGCAGCAGCUCUUCCAUCUCCAUGACUCCGGUUUAGAUCAGGCUUUUAUAGAUGCUCUUCCUGUUUUCCAGUUCAAGGAGAUUGUGGGUCUGAAAGAGCCGUUUGAUUGCGCCGUCUGCCUCUGUGAAUUCACUGAGAAGGAUAAGUUGAGGUUGCUGCCGACGUGUAGCCAUGCUUUCCAUCUCGGUUGCAUUGAUACCUGGCUCUUGUCGAACUCGACAUGCCCUCUUUGUAGAGGGACCCUUUUCGCUCCGGGGUUUUCCAUUGAAAACCCGAUUUUCGACUACGAUGAUCCGAGAGAAGAAGAUGGGUAUCUUGGUAAUGGAGAAAAUGGAUUGGCUACAAAUCAUAAAGCGGCAGAUAUCGAAGAAAUUGUCGUGGAAAAGGGUGUUGUACCAGUGAGACUUGGUAAAUUCAGAAGGAUGAACAAUGACGCAAGGGACGAAGGAGUCGGAGAGACAAGUAGCAGCAAUUUAGAUGCGCGGCGAUGUUAUUCAAUGGGUUCGUAUCAAUACGUGCUCGGUGAUUCUGAACUGCGGGUCUCUUUGCAUCAUGAUUGUCACGGCAAUGUUGCCAAAAUCACAGAAGGGGGACAACCUAACGGCGAUUUCUCUGUUAAUGUGGAUAUGGAGGAGAAGAACAUGAAAAGCGUGGCUAGAGGUGAGAGCUAUUCUGUUUCCAAAAUUUGGCUCUGGUCCAAAAAGAGCAAAUUCUCUAGAUCUUCAGAUGACCAGAUGGACAUGCCUUCCUCUAUUAAAAUGGACUUUUAGUGGCUUAGAACUGAGAUUGAACAUGUGAUGCAUUGCUUUUUUGUGAUGCUUGAUGAUUCAUUUCUUUGAAAGUACCUUGUGAUGCAAUUCCAUGGCAUUUCACUUGCAA